AUCAAAUGCGAGCCGUGAAAAGGCUAUUUACAAGAAUGAUGUCCAAGUUAUCGGACGACGCUCGCAUUUUGAACGAGAGGGGGUACCAUUUAUUGAGCGACUCAAAUCUGGGAGAAGGAACAUAUGCUAAAGUGAAGUGCGCUUACUCCAACGACACUAAGCAACACGUUGCUGUCAAAAUUAUUGAUAGGAAACGAGCUCCAAAAGAUUUUAUUAAUAAGUUUCUGCCUCGGGAGAUGGUCGUUAUUCAGACCUUGCGUCACAAAAAUAUUAUUGAAGUUCUGCAAGUUUUUGAGGUUGGAGAAAAAGUAUAUGUUGUCAUGGAGCUUGCAGAAAAGGGAGACUUAUUAGAAUACAUAAAGAAAAAUGGCUGUGUUAGAGAGUGGAAAGCCAAAAAGCUCUUCAAACAACUCCUAGAAGCAGUAAAGUUUUGCCAUAAACAAGGCGUCGUUCAUCGAGAUUUGAAAUGCGAAAAUGUUUUACUCGAUAAAUGUCAUAAUGUUAAACUGACAGAUUUUGGAUUUUCUAAGUUCAAUCCUCAAAAUGAACUCUGUAAGACGUUUUGUGGGUCAGCCGCUUACGCUGCGCUGGAGAUACUUCAAGGUAUAGAGUACAAUGGAGAGAAAGCAGACAUCUGGAGUUUAGGUGUCAUUCUAUACACCAUGGUAACAGGACGAAUGCCUUUUGAUGACACAAACAUGAGCACCCUUAAAAAACAAAUAAAAAAUGGAGUCGAGUUUAUAAAACCAAAGCAGUACAUCUCUGAUGAAUGUAAAGACCUCAUUCAGAAAAUGAUGGCAACAGACCAUCAGUUUAGAAUUAGCAUACCUGAAAUAGAGAGUCAUAAAUGGGUUGCAGGAGCAUCUACACCAGGAUCAAGAAUGCAGUCUAGCAAAUCCAGGAUUCAAUCUAGUCAAUCAAGUAGUGAUUAAUCAUAAACUCAGUUCUUCAUCAGUGCUGUGAAAGGUUCAAGGAAUAGAGCAGGCAUUUGGACAUAUGAAAAGCAUUCUUAGUUUAAGGAGUAUUAUGAAAUCAUUUAUAUCUAUACUGCAUAAAGU